CAGUGCCCAUUGGCCGCUUUUUUUAGGGGCUGGUCGCGUUGCAGACGGCAAAGGAUGCGCGCAGGAACGGCCUGGGGAAGGCGGCACCGUUGCAGCGACGGAAACUACCCGCGGCUCAAGCCUUGACAGCUGCCGGCCAGAACUAAAGAUGGAAAGCAGUAGUUAAAUCUUGGUACCUUCACUAACGUUGGCCAAAACACAUUACGGCGGAAAACGGCGGCUUGUGGACUGGCGCGUUUGCAUGACUCGGACGGCACCCACGACCUGAAAUUGGAAGGGGCUACCUCGUCACUGCACUCUGCGACGACCAAACGGAUGAUGAUGAUCAGGUGGAGCCAAUUUCGCAUACUAGCAGCUUCGAGAAGGUGACACCGGAGACCGGGGAAAUGGAGCGGGAGAAGGCGCGGCGGGCUGUGCCGAAGUUCGCAUCCUUCAAGCCGCAGCCCUCCCCCGAGUCCAAUUGGGGACCUGACACCCGGCCGGCGCCAGAGGCGCCGGCACGCAGCCAGAGUGUGCACGGAGGGUCCGAGAGCCGCCCGCGUGAUGACCGGCGGGACGAGAGGCAUCGGCAUCGGCAUCGCGACCGAGAUCGUGAGCAGGAGCGGGAGGAAGAGCGGGAGCGUGGCCGCCGUCAUUUUGACCGUGAACGACAGCGAACUCGGGAUCGGGAUCGCGAGCGGGAGAGUGAAGGGGUCGGAGAGGGACGCCGGGAGAGGGCCAAAGAAAGGGACUACGGGCGGGAGCGUGGACGGGAUGACCACCGUGAUCACCUUGGACCGCAACCUACCAGUCCCAAGUCCGCGUCUGGGGAAAGGAACCACGACCGCAAGGAUGCCGCCGUGAGCAGCCAUCUCUUCGUCCUCGACACGCGCGGCGAUCCGCUGAUUCUGCAAUACGGGGCCAAUGACCGCUCCGCGGUCCCCGCCUACUACCGCUUCGGCGCCGGCAGGGUCAUGGGCUCGCCCGGCUUCCUGACCAUGCACCGCGACGGCGCCCAGGAACAAUUUAGCAUCAGGGCCCCCGGCGAAGGCAGCGGCAGCGGCUCGGUUUUCCGCGACAAGGCCCUCAUGGCAGCCCUCCACCGCGCCGAGGCCCAGCGCAUCCUGCCCUCCCCAGACCAAUCCCUCCCCCCAGCAUCAGACGACUUCAUCCCCCUCGGUCCGUCCAGAAAACGAAAACGAGACCAAGACAACUACCCUUCCCUCUCCCCCACCCCUGAUUACCGCUCCAUAUACGGCAAAGCCCGCCCUUCCACCGCUAUCUCCUCCUCCCGCUCCCCAUCCUCAUCCCCAUCCCGCUCUCCGUCCCCACCACCACCACAACCACCACAACCCCCCACCGCAACCCUCACCGAAGCAACAGCCCUCACCCGCCACCUCCAAACCCACCCCGCCGACCUCCCCGCCUGGCACCGCCUCAUCGCCCUGCAGGACGCCCUCUUCCGCGAGCAGCAACAGCAGCAGCAGCAGCACGGCGGCAGCAGCAGCACCACCACCAACAACAACAGCACCCAGACCCGCGAGGAGAAGCAGGCGCUCGCCGAGCUGAAGGUAGGCCUCUACCGCCAGGCGCUGCGGGCGCACGCUUCCGCUCCCCCCUCCUCGUCGCAAUACAGGAGCGGUCGGGAGCGGGAGUGGCAGCGGGAGAGGGAGGCGCUGCAGCUGGGUCUGUUGCGGGAGGGGCGGCGGGCGGGGUGGGAGGAGAGGGUUCUCUGCGCGGAGUGGGAUAAGGUUGCUUCUCGUCGUGGUGCCGGGGGCGAGGAAGGUGGUGGCGGUGGUGGGUUUGGAUUGUGGAGGGGAAGGCUCGAUUUUGAGAUGGGCCGGGUGGCGGCGUUUACGCUGGAGGAGAUACGAGCUUUGGUGGAGGGGCGGUUGAGGGAGUUGGGGAGGCGGUUGGGGAGGCGGGAUCGAGUUGCUGGUGCGGAAGGGGUGGACGAAGACGACGACGAAGAACAAUUGUGUGAAGAGGCCGUCUACGUCUUCUUACGGCUGACACGGCUGCUGCAGGAUGCUGGGUUCGCCGAGCUGGCCGUGGCGGCGUGGCAGGGCGUCUUGGAGCUGACGUUCUGCCGGCCUCCGGGGGAAUCGAUGGGUGCGGAAGCAGCAUUGGAUUCGUUUGCGGAAUUUUGGGAGAGCGAGGUGCCGCGGAUGGGAGAGGCGGGUGCCAGGGGCUGGGGGAAGUUUGUUGAGGAAGGGGAGGCUCUUGGCGGUCCGCCCGAGGCGAAGAGGGAGAGACCCCUGGAGCUGCCGCGCACAGGGGACCCUUUUGAGGCCUGGGCUGCCGUCGAACAGCAGGCGGCGGCGAGGACGCGUCUGCCGGCCCGGACGCUCGAUGAAGGGACGGAGGACGAUCCGUUCAGGGUCGUUCUGUUCUCGGAUAUCAAGGAGCUGCUCAUCUGGUUCCCGUCGGCGGUGCUGCCGCGCGUGAGGCCUCUGUUGGCUGAUGCCUUCCUUGUCUUCUGUGGGCUUCCGCCGGCUGGCUUGUCUGGGGACAAGUUUGCUGCCCUCCUGGGUGACCCGUUUGUUGCUGGCAGAGGACAGGGGAUUCAUCCACGCCGUGACGAUCACGAUGUUGGCGCAGCUCCAGAGCUUUCCAAAAAAUACCCAGAGUUUGCCCAGCAGGGUGGCAGCAUGGCUGUCUCGCCCGACGUUCUGUUCUCGGGGGAUUUGUGGUUCCGGUACCUUGACCGGUGGUCAGAUUUCCACGCAGGCGACAAGAAGGUCGAUUACUGCUGGGUUCUGGGCAUGCUCAGGCACUUGGUCAAGGAGUCGGGAAUGGAGCAGUUGGCUGAGUACUAUCUGGCCAUGGAGUGGCGAAAUGAGCCCGCGGGAGCGAGAAAGGUUGCAAAGGGACUCUUGAAGCAGUAUAGCUCCAGCAUCCGGCUGUACAUCUCGUACGCUCUGAUCGAACGGGCGAAUGGGAAUGUCAACGUCGCUUACAAAGUCCUGUCGUCCGCGACGGGGCUAGCAUCGUCGUCUCCAUCCAGCAUCAGCCAGCUGCUUUGGAACACCUGGGCAUGGGUUCAUCUCGAAGCGGGCCAGAAGGAAUCGGCGCUUGCCCGUCUGUGUUCUUCAGCGGACAGCGGCUUCGAGGGGUCGACUGUGUCACCUGCGCUGCUUUUAAAGGCUAGGUCCUACUUCUCCAGCACACGGGACUACUCGCUGUCUUCCAAGCAGCUGGACGUUGCCGCGCAACACGCUGAGAGUUUGAUGUUGCUGGAGUACCUCUCCGCCGAAGGAGGCAGUGAGCCAGCAGCCGAGACGCAGGGCAACAUCUCGACGGCGCUCGACAGCAUCCACGCCUUCUCCCGUGAGCUAGAGUCCCGCGCCCUCAGCGAAUCACGGGAACACGAACGCCUGUUACAAUCCGCCGCGCGACUACUCUACCACCACGCAACUCACGGCCCAUACCGCCCCAUCUACAUCCGCACACAGCUGCACCUCUUCAUCCGCCUCUUCCCUUCCAACACCCUCCUCCUCUCCCUCUUCGCCUGGUCCCAUCAGCCCGCCCUGCGGAUCGACGACCCCGUGCGCGACGCGCUGCGCACCCUCUCCCUCACGCCGCCCCACGACUCGCUCGGCACGCGGCGCUUCGCCAUCCAGCACGAGGCGCGCGUCGGCACGGCCCACUCGGUGCGCGCGGCGUUCGAGGCGGCGCUGGACAGCGACGCGUGCCGGGGCAGCGCCGAGCUGUGGGCGCGCUAUGUCCGGUUCUGCGCCGGCAGCAGGGAGCUGAGGGGGAGGGUGAGGGAGGUGUUCUACAGGGCCAUCGCGGCCUGUCCUGGCGUCAAGGAGGUGUACAUGGAGGGGUUUGGGCUCGGGGUGCUGAGUGCGUCGGAGUUGAGGGCGGUCGGGGAGACGAUGGCUGCCAAGGGGUUGAGGAUGCAUGUUGACUUGGAGGAGUUUUUGGGGAAGUGGGAGAAGGAGCAUGGUGAAAGGGGGUGAUGGGUUACGGAUAGGUUGCGAGGGGUGAGUUACUGGGCACAGAACCUGGCUCGAUAAUGUUUCUUUGUUGCUGCUCCUAGACCAUAGCACACCGUGUGGUCUUCGUCAAGUGCUCGACAUGGACUUGUUGAUGCACCCUGGCUAGAAACUCGAGCAGCCACUUCCACCUACCGUGCACUUUCUCCAGAACGAACAUCUUACUAUGUAAACUUCGAUUUUUGCCUCGGCUCGCCAACCGAGACUCGACACACUCGAAAGCUGCCGUCCUUUUCAAAACACUUUCAGUACAUGUAUGUACAGUACGACCAGUCCA